CAGCCGCCGGGCGGACCCAGGGAUCAGGUUUUCAGGCGGCAUGCGGGCCAUGAAGUGGUCCUGAAGUGGCCGCUUCUUCUCCAGAAACCCUCCAAAUGUCCAACGGAGUCUUCACUCAAUUAAUUACAAGAUAUCCAUCCGCCUUAGGCCGCAUAGUUCCGGAGCAGAAUCGUUGCUAAGCGACAUAAAAGGCUGUUAAAUAAUAUUUUCCUCAUUGCGGCGUGGAAAAUAAGGAUCAGGACUGCCAGGACGCUGAUAAGAAAGAGAAGCCCCUCACAUGAAGGCCCACUCUACCCCCCGUGGUUCAGCGUCAUCCCUGUGACACCCACAAGUCUGGAAGGACUUCAUCUCAAAGAUGCGGGCUGCGGGGAAUUGUCAGCUUGUGUUCUGAUGGCUGUUGCCGUGGUGACUGGUGCGAAGAUAAUAGUGGUUAAUGAGAUAUUAACCCAAGGAAGACGACAGGAAGCGAUCAGCGUUUGUAGGACAGACCAAAGGAUGAGGACUGGGUGAUGGGUGACCCCCUCCUCCUCCUCCUGAUCAAUAUUGUUUUGUUAUUCAGCGACAGUGACGAUGAACACAACCCUAUCGCCUUGAACUGAGAAAAAAAACGAGUCAAAGCUUCGUCCAGAUGACCGUCUCCUCCUGCGUCUCCCUCCACGUCCCUGUACACCAAUCAUCCCAAUCAUCCUAGAGGUUCAAAGAUGGAGCAUCCUCAUCCUCACCAGCGGCUGUCCACAAACCUGGAAAGCAAACGAAGACAAACCAAAGAACGACGGCAGGACGAGGAGAAGAGGAGAGAAGACAAGUGAGACUAAAAUAAAACAAAAAGCAACGACCACCAGGUCGACAGAGGACCAUGUUUGUCCCCCUGCCGGUCCCCUUCGUCUUUCAGAGAACAGCGUCCGACUUCAGCGCCUGGAGACUCAAGUCCUCGCUGGCUCCGCGGUCCAGCCCCGAUAUCAGGAUGUCCAAAGGAUCAGGGGAGGAGAAGCCUGGAGCUGACUAUCCAGGGGACAGCUCAGAUUCUGACAGAAACAGCCCUGAUGACCAGAUCCAGACAAUGAAAACCAGCCCCUACAGCCUCUCCCCACCACCGGUCGGCAUCAAGGUGAAGAUUGAAGAGAGUGCAGAGAUCACACACAGCACUCCUCUUCCUGCUCCUCCAGCACCUCCUUCCCAGCAGCAGCAGACUCAACACCACCACACACAGCUGAUGCUUGCUGGCAGUCAGCUGGCAGGGCUCGCUGCUCUCCUCCCAGCUCAGCAGCAGCUGCUCCUCCAACAGGCUCAGGCCCAGCUCUUGGCAGCGGCGGUUCAACAAUCGAACGCUGCCCAUGCUGCUCACGCCGCCCAUGCCGCUGCGCAGCAACAAGCCAACCAGCAGCAGCAACAACAGCAGCAGCAACAGAACCCAUCACAAUCCCAGCAGCAGUCAACCAAACCGGAGCAGCCCAUCCAAGCUCCACAGCUGGCCCUCUCACAGCCGAUCCAGCUCACAGCACAGGACAUCCAGCAACUGUUGCAGCUCCAGCAGCUGGUCUUGAUGCCGGGUCAUCCUCUCCAGUCUCCGGCCCAGUUCCUCCUGUCUCAGCCAGCGCAGGCACAGCAGCAGCAGCAGGGAUUGCUCUCGACACCAAAUCUGAUCCAGCUACCUCAGCAGAGUGCAGGGGGACUACUCACAUCCCCAACUCGCAUAGGACUCCAAGCACAGAGAGAGAAGAGCAACGAUGCUGGAAGCAGCGGCGGCGGCGGCUCUAUAGGCGCCAGCGGAGGCAGCAGUGUUGGUGUUACAUCUGGUGGAGCCACCUCUGCAUCCAGCAGCGCCAUGGCCUCCUCUCUAACCUCCGGUCUGAAUCCAGGCGCUCAAGCGGCUCACAUGAGCGAAGAGCCCAGCGACCUGGAGGAGCUGGAGCAGUUUGCUCGCACGUUCAAACAACGUCGCAUCAAGCUGGGAUUCACGCAGGGCGAUGUGGGCGUGGCUAUGGGGAAACUGUAUGGCAACGACUUCAGCCAAACCACCAUCUCCCGCUUCGAAGCUCUAAACUUGAGCUUUAAGAACAUGUGCAAGCUGAAACCGCUGCUGGAGAAGUGGCUGAGUGAUGCAGAAACCAUGGCUGUCGACAGCAUGCUGCCUAGCCCCUCCUCCAUCUCCUCCCCCUUGUUGGGCAUCGAGGGUCUACCCGGACGCCGCCGGAAGAAACGGACCAGCAUCGAGACCAACGUUCGAGUGAUCCUGGAGCGCAACUUCAACACGAACCAGAAGCCGACGUCGGAGGAGAUCCUGCUGAUGGCGGAGCAGCUCAACAUGGAGAAGGAGGUGAUUCGCGUUUGGUUCUGCAACCGCAGGCAGAAGGAAAAGCGCAUCAACCCGUCCAGCAGCACCACCCCCCCUCUUCCCAGUCAGACUUCACCCGUGGUGACGCACAAAGCCCCCUGCUACAGCCCGCACAUGAUAUCGAGUCAGGGUCUGUCCCAGGUCACCACCAGCCUCAGCACAACAGGCGCCAGUUUGUCACCUUCAGUUUCCUGCACCAUGACUCCAGUCAGCUCCUCUUCUGUGACUCCGCCUCCUCAUAGCACAAGCAGCCAAGCUCCUCCCACCCUCGGGACCGCUGGCCUCAACACUGGUGCUGGCUGCCAGCAGUGGUCAGCUGCCCAUCUCCGGACUCGAGGGGACACCGGGUCACAUGCUCCUGGGCGGACCUGGAGGUCCAGCUGUCCCCUCCUCCCUUCGCCCCUCUCUCUUCCUCAAUCGCCCUGGCCUCCUCCCCAUGGUGACCGGCUCCAUGGCAACAACCUCCACGCCCCCUGCCAUGGGUCUGGUCAGCAGCAGCAGUGGGUGCGGCCCGAGGCUCUCCUUCUGCCAGUCUCCAUCCACCGGCACCGGCAACCUUAUGAGCCCAACUUCAUGCCCAGAGGAGUCUGCAUCCCCAUGCUCAAGCCCCGCCUCUUUCUGUUCCUUUAGCGAGGCCUCACCGCCCCCUUUGGGAGGGGCAAUGGCCGAGUGAUCUCUGACUGACAGCCAA